AUUGGAUGAACGGAUUGUCCAACAGGAAGUCGUGAUAGUAGACCGUAAGGCAAAUUAUCACGUGUGAAUCUUCAAAAUGUUGCGCCGGGAGGUGAGACAGAGGAAGGAAUACCUUUAUAGAAAGGCUCAGGAGGACAGACUGCGCACUAUUGAGGAGAAAAAACAAAAGCUCAAAUCUUCUCUAGAUGAAAAUCGUCUGAUACCCACUGAGGUUCGUAAGGAGGCGUUGAAAUUACAGAAACUUUUGGAGUUUGAUGAUGAGGGUGCCGAAGGUGUCAGCUCUCAUAUGGAUGAUGAGUACAAAUGGGCAGGAGUGGAGGACCCUAAAGUCAUGGUCACAACAUCAAGAGACCCGAGCUCGAGACUGAAGAUGUUUGCCAAAGAAAUGAAGCUCAUGUUCCCUGGGGCCCAGCGUAUGAACAGAGGAAACCAUGAAGUUAAAACGUUAGUACAUGCGUGCAAAGCUAAUAGCGUCACAGACCUCGUCAUCGUUCAUGAAACAAGAGGCCAGCCAGAUGGUUUGGUUGUAUGUCACCUUCCUUUUGGACCAACAGCCUACUUCACAUUGUAUAAUGUGGUAAUGAGACAUGAUGUUCCAGAAAUUGGCACCAUGUCUGAGGCCUACCCUCAUCUGAUAUUUCACAACUUUACAUCACGUCUUGGCAGAAGGGUAUCCAACAUCCUUAAGUAUUUGUUUCCUGUACCCAAAGAGGAUAGUAAACGGGUUAUGACGUUCGCAAAUACAGAGGACUUCAUCUCUUUCAGACAUCACACCUACAAGAAAACAGACCACAAGAACAUUGAGUUAUCAGAGGUUGGUCCCAGAUUUGAAAUGAAAUUAUACAUGAUCAAGCUGGGCACACUGGAAAAUGAGAGUACUGCAGAUGUUGAAUGGCGACAUCAUUCUUACACACGCACUUCAAAGAAGAGGAAGUUCUUGAGUGUAGAAUAACCACAAAUGUCUGUUGGUUACUCGGCAUGGACAUUAUCACCCAAAAUCCACCUAAUCCCAUUUAAAUGAGACACUGAUAAAAAUCUGAAAUAAAUGUGGGACAUGUUGCUAUUUACAGACUAGGUGUGAUUUUCUGUACCUGUUGACAAACUUCCAAAAACAGCUUUUGUACCGAGGUCACUAAACAUAAAAAAAAAGUGUUUUAACAAA